AUGAUAUCCAAGGAUGACGAAUAUGACUAUUUGUUCAAAGUGGUGCUGAUUGGCGACUCUGGUGUUGGCAAGAGUAAUCUGUUGUCGAGGUUCACGCGCAAUGAGUUCAACUUGGAGUCAAAGUCAACGAUCGGUGUCGAAUUCGCUACCAGGAGCAUUCAGGUAGACUGCAAGACGAUCAAAGCUCAAAUUUGGGAUACGGCUGGGCAAGAGCGAUACCGAGCGAUCACAUCCGCCUACUACAGAGGAGCUGUUGGCGCCCUCUUGGUGUAUGACAUUGCCAAACAUGUAACGUACGAAAAUGUCGAACGGUGGCUGAAAGAGCUGAGAGACCACGCGGACCAAAACAUCGUAAUAAUGUUGGUUGGUAACAAAUCUGAUUUACGCCAUUUGAGAGCCGUGCCAACUGACGAAGCUAAGGCGUAUGCGGAACGAAAUGGAUUGUCGUUUGUUGAAACAUCCGCCUUGGAUUCGACAAACGUUGAAACCGCAUUCACCAAUAUCCUAACAGGUGACAUUUCGUUUGUGGGUGGGAUGAGUGCAUGCUCGCGUUUUCUGUUUGGUCGUUGUUUUCAUUAA